UCCUGAUCUGAGACCAACAGCUUAGGUCAGCUAAGGUCAUCGCCAUGGUGACCUUUGCUGAGACGAGUCAGGUCUCCCCCAUGGGGCUGUGUGAGCCACCCUGCCUGACCGCAACCCUGUCUCCUGGGCUGCGGCGGAAGAAAAUGCUGUGGCAGAAUGCUGUAAAACACAUCAUUAUCCAGCAGGAGCUCAGCGCCCAGGUUGGUGUGGAACCAGCACGCAAAAUCAUUGUGACAGACACCUACAUGGAGGAGAUCAACAGACAAAUCCGUAACAAGGCCACACGUGGGGCCACGAAACGCCGCUCCUCCUCAUUCAGAGUCCACCCAUCUAGUUCCCGCGGCUCCACCAGCACACACACCAGUGUUGGAGGUUCUUUUCACGACUAUGUCAGCGAUGCCGACUUCUUUGUGAGCUGGGGUCACACUGUUCGUGGUGUCUACAUACCCACCCUGAGGCACACCUUCAAGUCCCGUGACCUGGAGAGACUCUACCAGCAGCACUCUUCUCACCAAAGACGCAACUCUCUAGCUAUAACAAAUAUAAUCGAUGCUGUGGCCAAGCUGCACGUGUUGGUCCUGUAUCUGGCGCUAGCCCCAGAGGCAGUCACGGACAUACUGCGUGGCUGCCUGACGGGCAUUUUCAUGGUGUUAGCUGUAGCACUGUGCAUCGUGGUGUUGACUUGCAAAGACUCCAUGUCCCCAAGGUGGCUCCGUUAUGCUGGCCUAGCUAGCUGGCUGUCACAGACCACGCAGGUGCUGGGAGGACUGGUUUAUGGACUAGAAAAAGACCCUUCAUGGUAUGUUUUGUUCACACUGUUCGCCACAUACACGCUGCUGCCGUUACCUUUGCUUUGGGCCAUGUGCGCCGGUUCCCUUACCUCAGUGUUGCACCUUCUGGUUGAGAUAGUGCACUACUACAAUGACACCGUACUUUUGAAAAAGGUGUUUGCCAAAGGCCUGCUGUACCUGGGUAUGAACACAGCUGGCUUGUUCAUCCACUACCUGACAGACCACGCCCAGAGACAAGUUUUCCUGGAAACGCGCCGUUGCAUUGAGGGUCGCCUCAAACUGGAGCAAGAGAACCAGAGACAGGAGCGUCUGGUGCUGUCAAUCCUGCCUCGCUUUGUUGCCUUGGAGAUGAUUGCUGACAUGAGCUCUUUGGAGGAUGAGCUCAAUCCUCAGGAGUUUCACAAAAUCUAUAUCCACCAGUACAAAGAUGUCAGCAUCCUUUUUGCAGACAUCAAGGGCUUUACUCUUUUGUCCAUGAACCUGUCAGCACAGGAUCUGGUUCGAACCCUCAACGAGCUCUUUGGACGCUUUGACCGACUGGCAGAGGAACACCACUGCCUGCGAAUAAAGAUACUGGGAGACUGUUACUACUGUGUGUCAGGGGUCCCUGAGCCACAGCGUGCCCAUGCCCGUUACUGUGUUGAGAUGGGCUUGGCUAUGAUCAACACUAUACGGUUUGUACGGAAGCAGUUAAACUUUGACAUGGACAUGAGGAUCGGGAUCCACACAGGUUCUGUCCUCUGUGGGGUGCUCGGGCUGCAGAAAUGGCAGUUUGACGUCUGGUCCUGGGAUGUGGGCAUUGCCAACAUGCUGGAGGCCGGGGGGAUCCCAGGUCGCAUCCAUAUCUCAAGGGCGACUCUGGACUCUCUGGACGGAACCUACAAGACAGAGGACGGUCAUGGCCGUGACAGGAACGAGUUUCUGAGGAGGCACAACAUCGACACUUUCCUCAUCUGCCCUCAGGAGGAAAACAACAAAGUUAACCUCACUGAGCCCCCCAAAGUCCUGAAAACAAACCGAACUUGGAACCCAGAGUUGCCUUUUGGGAACGUCAUUGACAUGAACAGUAUCUUGGCCUCCUUUACAAACGGUUCGCUGCCCAACAUAUGGCAGUCCACCUCCAAAGAAAUCAACAAACGCAUCAAGCAUGCUAUAGAGGUUCGGAGCAGUGAGCGCAUGCACAAGGAGCACAUCACUCCACUGACCCUGGUGUUCAAGGACACACACAUCGAGGACAAGUUCUCCCAGAUGAGAGAUGAAAUGUUCAACUCCAAUCUGGUCUGCUCCUUCAUCAUGCUUCUCUUUCUCAUGGCUGCCCAGGCCCUCAUCCCUGCCCCCAGGUUGUUCCCAGUCGUUCUCCAAUUUUCAGUCUUCCUGCUCGCCUACAUGCUGCUGCUGCUGUUAGCCCUGGCUGAGGAGUUCAAGUGGGCUCCUGUGGCGCUGCAACACUUCUGCUGCUGGAUCCAUGAAAACAACAGUGCCCGCAACCUUCUCACCCUCACUGCCAUCAUCAUUAACUUUGGCUUGGCCUCUACUGACAUGGUAUGGUGCAUUCUUACAAACACAGGAGAGGCUGACAUGGACAGAAGUAACGCAGCCUCACGUGUUCUCACUGUCUGCACUUACCCUGAGGUCUUUGUGUUGAGCGGUGUGAUCGCCAUGGUGACUUGUGCCGUGUUUCUGCGUCUGAACUCUCUACUUAAGCUGGCCGUCUUGCUGCUGGCGGUGGCUGUAUACUCCUACCUCAUCCACCUGGCCUUCCUUACACUCACACGCCAUGACAUGCUGCACAGGUCUCAUUAUGUCAGGAGAAAGGGAAUCUCCAUCAUUCUCAUGGUGAUGUUUAUUGUGGCUGUCUUUUACAACGGACGGCAGUGGGAGGCCACUGCCAGACUGGACUUCCUGUGGCGUCUGCAGGCCCAACAGGAAGUGGAGGACAUGAGAGAACUGCGGGAACACAACGAGUGUUUGUUGCACAACAUCCUGCCGCUGCACGUAGCACGACAUUUCCUGGACCGGAGCAAGAAUGACGAGGAGCUUUACUCCCAGUCCUAUGAUGAAGUGGGUGUUAUGUUUGCCUCAAUUGCUGGGUUCAACGAGUACUUUGAGCAGAAAGAGAUCAAACAUGAAGGAGUGGACUGCCUCCGACUGUUGAAUGAGAUCAUUGCUGGCUUUGAUGAGUUGCUGGAGGAGUCAUACUUCCACUGCGUGGAGAAGAUCAAGACCAUUGGGAGCUGCUACAUGGCGGCCUCUGGCUUAGCUCCAGACAGACAGGUCUCCAUGGAUGAAUGGAAUCACCUGAGCGAGCUGGUUUUGUUUGCACUGGCAAUGCAAGAGACCUUGAAAGAGAUUAACAGGUUCUCUGCCAAAAACUUUCAGCUGCGUGUGGGCAUCGCCCACGGGCCGGUGGUCGCUGGUGUGAUCGGUGCCACCAAGCCGCAGUAUGACAUCUGGGGCUCGACAGUGAACCUGGCCAGCCGCAUGGACAGCACAGGUGUAAGUGGACGCAUCCAGGUGCCCGAGGCCACGCGCAGGAUCCUGGCAGACUGGGGUUUUGUCCUGGAGCUCCGUGGAGAAAUAUUUGUCAAGGGGGUGAGCGAGUGCCAGGGGAAAGUUCGCACCUAUUUCAUCAGCACCAUGCGCAGUAAGAGGUCGACUGUCGGAACAGAUGGCCACACGGGCGGCCGGACAUCAGGACGCAUGACGCUGGCAGGAGUGGUGUUCGGUCUCGUCCAGGCCAGACACAAGGAGAAGAUGAGAGAGAGCAACGGGGGGUUCAGUCUGUCUCCCUGCACCCUGCAGUGCUGAGGUGACAGUCAGAUGACUAUGGGUGGAGGAGGACACAGUCCAGCCAUAUUGUUUGUAUUGGUUUACACUUUUUUCUUAUUUCAUACCUUGCCAUAACAAAAUUAGCUGUGCACUGGUCAUAGGAUCCAGUUUUCCUUCAUGACUGUGUCCUCCUCAGCUUUCCUGCCAUCAAAAAAACGGACAGUACUGUGCUUAAUCAACACAAUAUAGGAACUUGCCCAUGAAUCCUGAAGCUGAGCUUUAAUAUUUGAAAGCUGGAUAGAGUGGUGUGUCCUGAACUUUAUUUAGAAAGAACCCAACUGUCCUACUGGCCUCUUUCACAAGUCUGAGUAAGUAUCAUGGGUGCACUGUUUUCUGUUUUUAUUGCCAUAUCUACACAUUAUAAGCACUGUUUUCAGCUUUUAAGUUCAUUUUAUACAAAGCUAAAAAAAAAAAAAAAGGCCAACAUGUCUUUUAUUCUUUUUGCUGUGAUGAUGCUCAUCCUCUGAUCUCUAAGCCUAAACACAGAAUACCUCAAAACAACCAGCUCAACCUCUCAUAGUCUACCAGUGGCCUAUACAAUACUGACUAGUGUUUUCACUGGAUCUCUGAGAUUUUUGUCAAGCAUUAGUUUUGUCUCGGUACACUAUGAUUACUCUCACUAGUCUCACUUAUAUUUUCAAGACAGCAGUGAAAGUCAAGCAAGUAAAGAAAAUUUAUCAAUGUAUGUAAUAUAUCUCUAGAUUUAUAUUUUAGAAAAUACUGGUCUGUGUCCUUAAAUAACGCUGAGUUUUCUGAAAGUUUUCAGGAAAUGUAAUCCACAACAGUCAAAUGUAACAUUUUGUUAUUCACCUUUCUGAGGUAUAUUAAGUUUAUUUUUUAAUCAUUUUUACAAAACUAUUUAAUAGUGUACAAUUUCUGCUAAUAAAACCAGU